CUGACCCAGGCACCUGACCAGCCGAGAAGGUAAAAAGGCAGCGGCUCGCGUUCACGCAGUAGUUUGCGUACACGGAGUAGUUUGCGUCGCGAGGCCAGACUGCGAGGAACGGUGAGCAGAAUGAAUACUUCCCUGGAACAGAGUGGCUGCUACAGUAAUAGAGAAACACUUUUGAGGUGCAGUGAUGCACGGAGGGAGCUGGAGCUUGCUAUUGGUGGAGUACUCCGGGCUGAACAGCAAAUUAAAGAUAAUUUACGAGAGGUAAAAGCUCAGAUUCACAGUUGCAUAAGUCGCCAUCUAGAGUGCCUUCGGAGUCGUGAGGUGUGGCUCAAUGAACAGGUAGAUCUCAUCUACCAGCUUAAAGAGGAGACACUGCAGCAGCAGGCUCAGCAGCUUUACUGGCUAAUGGGCCAAUUCAGUUGUCUUAUUCAUCAACUGGAGUACACCCAGAACAAAGAUCUCGCCAAUCAAGUCUCUCUGUGCCUGGAGAGACUGGGCAGUUUGGCUCUUAAACCUGAAGAUUCGACUGUCCUACUCUUUGAAGCAGACACAUCUGCUCUGCGCCAGACCAUCACCACAUUUGGAUCCCUUAAGACAAUUCAAAUUCCUGAGCACCUGAUGGCACAUGCUAGCUCCUCAAAUAUUGGGCCUUUCCUAGAGAAAAGAGGCUAUAUCCAGGUGCCAGAGCAGAAGUCAGCAUCCAGCAGCACAGCUGUUUCUCUCAAUGAAUGGCUUCUUGUAAGCAAACCUGCCAUUGGUCAUCAGGCUCCUUAUGUACCCAGUACCAACCCACAGGACUGGCUUACCCCAAAACAGACCUUGGAGAAUAGUCAGACUUCUGCCAGAGCCUGCAGUUUCUUCAGCAAUGCCUGGGGCAAUCUAAAGGGCUUAGAAAACUGGCUCCUCAACAGUCAUCAAGACAUUCCUGGAAAACCAAGUUCCUCAAAGUGUAACAGCCAUGGUAGCACCAGCUCUUUCUCUACUGAAAUUGAAAAGGUUGAAGAUGUAGAGCUCCUUGAUCAAGAUGACCUGGACCUGUCUGAUUGGUUGGUGACUCCCCAAGAACCCUGUGAACUGGAGAAGCCUGAGAAUGGUAGCUGUGAAACAAGUGAGAAGUUUAAACUCUUAUUCCAGGUGUUCACAGAGCCCUACAAUGUGAAUGAUUGGCUUGUCAAGCCUGACUCCUGUACCAACUGUCAGGGUAACCAGCCCAGAGGUGUGGAGAUUGAGAACCUGGGCAAUCUGAAAUGCCUGAAUGACCACUUGGAGGCCAAAAAACCACUGUCAGUCCCCAGCGUAAUCACCGAGGCUUGGCUUGUCCAGAACCAUCAGGACCCAUGUAAAGUAGAGGAAGUAUGCAAAGCCAACGAGCCCUGCACAAGCUUUGCAGAAUGUGUGUGUGAUAACAACUGUGAGAAGGAAGCCGUGUAUAAAUGGCUUCUGAAGAAAGAAGGAAAGGAUAAGAAUGGAAUGCCUGUGGAACCCAAAUCUGAGCCUGAGAAACACAAAGAGUCCCUGAAUCUGUGGCUCUGUCCUUCCAGAAAUGAGCUAAUUGAACAAGCUAAGGCACCCAAGGCAGUGGCUCCCGCUAGAAUUGCUGAUUCCUUCCAAGUCAUAAGGAACAGUUCCCUGUCAGAGUGGCUUAUUGGGCCCACAUGCAAAGGAGGGGGCCCUAAGGAAGUGCCUAGUACUGAGGAGAGAGCUGGCAAAGAAAUGCUUAAAGUCCCUAUGGCCACUUCCUGGUGUCCCUUUAAUACUGCUGACUGGGUCUUACCAGGAAAGAAAGUGGGAACCCUCAGCCAGUUCUCCUCUGGAGAAGAUAAGUGGCUACUUCGAAAGAAGGCCCAGGAAGUGUUUCUUAAUUCACCCCUACAAGAGGAACGGAACUUUCGCCCAGAUUGUUACGGCCUCCCGGCAGUUUGUGAUCUCUUUGCCUGUAUGCAACUUAAAGUUGAUAAAGACAAAUGGCUGUAUAGAACUCCUCUACAGAUGUGAAGCAAUGGACUACUAGAAUUGAGCAGCUUUCCUGCAGAUUACCGCACAUCCUUGAGCUGAGUGACUGUGACUUGCCAAACCAUUGUUUAUUCCAGGCCUGACUAGUCAACUUAAUUCCUUUCCUGCUUAGUUUUGAAUUAGUAAACAGAAAUCAUCAAAUUAUGAGCUAGUGUGUGAAAGAAUGCCAAGUGAUUCAGUUCCUUCUUAGAGAAGCACUAACUUAACUCCCAUACUAGAAACAGCAUCUUGGUACACUGGCCUUUAGCAGCUUCCACAGCAAACACUAGUUUUAAAAGUGAAAUAUUUCUAUAUCAAGUGUGUUAGUGUAUUCUAAAACCAGUAAACUUUGCUGACUUUUGAUUGUCUAUUAGCUGUUUCUCUUGCUAUGGGCUUCUAGUGGUCUGAAAUUUUUUUGUUCAGUUGAUAUAUAGAAUAUUUCACACAAAUAAUUAACCUUGCCAAUACAGUAUAUUUUGCCCUACUAAAUGUCUUAUAUUGCAAUUUUUGAUAUUAAUCAUCAGAUAUUUAGCCUACAUGUCAUUCCUAACAUUUUUCAUUUGAAAGAAAUUAAGUAUCAAGUGAGCUCUUUGAAAAGGACUCUAUUGCUUCAAGACUACUUUUAGGGCAGUCAGAGCACCUGAAGUCCUACAAACCUUGUCUUUAAAGAGCCCCAGGCCAUCAAAAACAGAAAGGCAAGAUGUGUUAGGGACGUAGUACCUGACCACUCAUCACCCUAAGGAUUUAUUGGUGCAUCCUGUGUAAAUGGAAGCUGAGCUUGACACCUGGUGCUCUUAACUAGGGAUAAAGUCAAUGUCCUGUCACUUCAAGCACAGCAUCCUGAACCUCCAAAAGUAUGGUGCAGUGACAUCUUGAUUAACAGCAGGCUGUGCCCAACACUUGUGCCUUGGAGUGUUUAUUGAAACUUCAUAGAACUGACAUCCUUGAGUUAUGCCUACAUUUUAGAGAGUUUCUCUGUAGGAGAGCAACAGGAUUUCUGUUUCACAAUUCUCCAAGAUAACUUAGCUGCUUUCUCCGCUUUGAACUAUUAAGCCUCUGAACUGCCUAUGCUAUUGGAAGAACUACAAGAAAAUUGUAUGGUCCCAUAGUGACAUUAUCAUACAGCUUUACUAAAGUUCUGAAUAACAGCUGAAAAGAGCCUCAUAUUUUCUUAUGUCCCCCCAGAUGCCACUGAGUAUUAUAAAGUUGGUGGGUAAAAACAAUUUAAGGAGCCUUCCCAACAUCUUAGGUUGCAGGCAACUUUGUAGUUUCUCUUUUGAGGUCUAACACACUGUAUUUUACAUUAUUAAAAUGUAAUUUAAGUUAAUCACUAUGCUAAUGAUAAAUAAAACAUUCUUUUGCAUUGGUUUUAUAUCUCCAUUAAAAGCAUAAUGGCCACAUCACA